ACCACUAUGGAAGGUACAGUUUCUCUUCUCUAAUCCUGGGUCUUUAUUCUAUGCUAAUAUAUCUCGCUGCGAGUUCGUCCACGUGUUGCGCUUGUUUUGGGCCCGUGACAACCACUAGAAAUGACCAAGAAAAAACGCGGAGGGCUCUUGGGCCGCAGCCUGAUCAAGCAGAAACCCACGAGCAGACUCUACGACUCCUCGGCGCUUCACACGACAGAGCUGAACGAUGGCUACGACUGGGGCCGGGCCAACGUCACCAGCAUCACGGAGCAGAAUGACCUGGAGGAAUUCCUGGCGACAGCUGAACUAGCAGGCGUUGACUUCACAGCUGAGAAGCAGAAUGUGACAGUGGUCAGCGUGGGCAGUGUGGUACGAGGUGUGCUGUCUGAACGAGAGAGAGCCAACCUGCACAAUCUGCACGAACAACACAAAGACCUGCUGCGCAUCCCAAGGAGACCUCCCUGGGAUGAAAGCACCAGCGCUGAGGAACUUCAUGCCUUGGAGAAGGAGAGCUUUGUGGCCUGGCGGCGACAACUGGCCGAGCUCCAGGAGACAGAUGGCCUGAUGAUGACGCCUUAUGAGAAGAACCUUGAGUUUUGGCGCCAACUCUGGAGGGUCAUCGAGCGUAGUGAUGUGGUGGUGCAGAUAGUGGACGCCCGGCACCCACUGCUCUUUCUGUGCGAAGACCUGGUGCGGUAUGUGGCCGAAACAGAUGCCAGUAAGCGCAACCUGCUGCUCCUCAACAAGGCUGACCUGCUUACCCGACCGCAACGUGAGGCAUGGAGCAAGUACCUGGACUCUGUUGGCAUUCGGGCAGUGUUCUUCUCUGCACUGCUCGAGGGCAAGGAUGAGAAGGCCAGCUGUAAUUUAGAUGGCCCAUAUGCUGAGGAAGAGGAGGACGAAGAGACGAGGAGGCCAGAGAGUCCAGUGGAAGACACUGCUGCUGAAUCCAGCAGUGGUGGUUGCUCCUCCAAGGAUGCAGGGACGUGUACGGAGGUGAACAGUCCCGACCUGUACAGAAAGGAUGAGCUGCUGCAGCUGUUCCGCACCAUCCACCCCGAGUCCAAGCAGUGCAACGGCAAGACCGUUAUUGGCCUGGUGGGCUACCCCAACGUGGGAAAGAGUUCGACCAUCAACGCACUCAUCCGCUGCAAGAAGGUCUCGGUGUCCACUACACCGGGCAAGACCAAGCACUUUCAGACGUUGAACCUGGACGAUGAGCUGUGCCUGUGUGACUGUCCUGGCCUGGUGUUCCCCAACUUUGUGAGCAACAAGGCUGAGAUGAUUGUGCACGGAAUCCUGCCAAUUGACCAGAUGACAGACCACGUACCCCCCGUCAACCUUGUGGCCAGCCUGAUCCCAAGGCACGUGUUGGAGUCCACCUACAGCAUUUGCCUGCCAGCACCCCACGAGACCGAAGACCCGGACAGGGCGCCCAUUUCGGAGGAACUGCUCAAUGCCUAUGGAUACAUGCGAGGAUUCAUGACGCAGAGUGGGCUACCAGAUAACCCACGUGCAUCGCGCUACAUUCUGAAAGACUUUGUCAACGGGAAGCUGCUCUACUGUGUAGCGCCACCUGGUGUAGACCAGAAGGAGUAUCACACGUUCCCACUAGCCCCCAGCAAAACGCGUCGGCCUCUGCUCACUUUUGACCGGCCACCACAGAUGCGGCGGACACAGGACCGCAAGACAACAAGCAAGGACAUUGAUAGGAGCUUCUUUCAAAAGGUUGCUCCCCAGGCACACGUGAAGGGCCGCAUUGGCCCAGGAAUGGCAGGAGCAAGUGGUGCUGACAGUCUGUCGACAGACAGCAAGCCCUGGAAGAAGCAUCACAACGCAGGCAAGAAAGAGAAGCUAAGAAGAGUCUACGCAGAGCACGAUGCGUGAUCAGCUUCAUUGUGUCUAGGCCCUUUGAGCUGGGAUUGUUCUCUAUGGUCGUCACUCCUGUGUUCCUAGGACCUCUUGUGUCACUCAUGGGCAAUUUGAGAGGCUGUCAUUAAGAGGGCUCAGGAUGUGAAUGUUUUCCCGAAGUGGCUGACAUCUGUUUCUUGAUGCAACAUGUCUUUGUGGGCAGUGUUUCACAGAAAGAUGAAGGCUUUUGAUGCAGAUAAAGGAGGAGAGGAUGGAUGGAAGAGCAUAUCUCUGAGCUGGCACUCUUCACCAGUGUAAGGGGAGAGGUGGAUGGCAGGUGAUCAUGCAGUAAUAAUGUGAACAUACAAAGCAUCCAUUACAUGGUAUGCGUGCUGUAUGUGCAGAGAUAGUAUAUCCACUCAAACUGUGCUUGUGUAAACACACCAACUGCUAUUCAGCUUCAGCUGUGGUGGGACUGAAAAAGUCGGUAAGAUCUGUGUAUUGUGCAGCUAUGGACCUGUUGUCUCUGACUAUGGUCACUGCAAAUAAAUCAAGUUAUUGGUUUGUCUUUA